AUGGCUCGACGCAGCCGGCGCAGUGCUGCAGCGGCGGCCGAGGUCGUGGAGGAGGAGGAGGCGCCUGCAGUGGAGGCCGAGCAAGAAGGAGAAGAAGAGCACGACCACGACCACGACCACGACCACGACCACGACCACGACCACGACCACGACCAGCACGGCUUACGGCCAUUGCAAUUCAAGCAGCCGCUGGUGGGGCGGCCCGGGAAGCACAUCGGCGUGGGCGAGCUGCUGGCCCGGCUGGAGUCGCUGCUGAACGAGCUGCGCACCCUCGACCAGGACGACGCCCACCGCGAGUCGCUCGCCCCCGUCGCGCAGCAACUGGCCCACCACAGCCUCCUGCAGCACAAGGACGCCGGCGUGCGCGCCUGGACCUGCUGCUGCCUCGUCGACAUGCUGAAGCUCUUCGCCCCCGAUGCCCCCUACCCGGCCUCGAAGCUGAAGGAAAUCUUCUCGCUCAUCAUCACCAAGCUGCUGCCCCUCCUCGCCAACCCCGCGCACCCCUACAACAGCCAGCACCUGUACGUCCUGCGCUCCCUCGCCGAGUGGAAGAGCAUCCUGCUCAUCAACGAGAUCCCCGGCGCCGAGGCCCUCACCACCGCCCUCUUCACCACCUGCUUCGACGUCCUCUCCGGCCCCUCCAAGAGCGAUGCCGCCGACGAGCUGAGCAAGAACGUCGAGCACAACAUGACCGACGUCCUCUCCACCAUCGUCGACGAGGCCCCGGCCGUCUCGCACGACAUCGUCGACAUCAUCGUCGCCCAGUUCCUCUGGGCAGACCCCAUCACCCUCGGCAGCAGCACCAAGAGCAAGAAGAGCGCCCCAGUCGAUGCCAAGCAGACAACGUUGCGCCGCAAGGAAGCCCCACCGGCCUACAACAUGGCCAAGAACGUGUGCAACGCCUACCCAGACAAGAUGGCCCGCCUCAUUGGCAACUACUUCAGCUCCGUCAUCGUCGACUUUACCAAUGCAGGCCCGUCCUUCAAGCGGAACCGCGCACCCAGCCAAGACGCCGACGACGAUGCCGCCAAGGGCCCUUCAGACGAUGACAUCCACGAGGCGAACAAGGCGCACAGGCUCCUGCGAGAGCUGUGGAAGUCCUGUCCGGCCGUGCUGCAGGACAUCAUCCCGCACCUGCAGGACGAGCUCGGGACCGAGAACGUGCAGCUUCGCCAGCUGGCCACCGAGACGUUCGGAGACAUGAUCUCUGGCAUUGGCGCAGCAGGUCCUCCGCCGCCGCCACAGAUGGACCCCGUUGCCUACCCAUCACAGAGCCUGACACGAGCCGAUGCAGAACGCCCGUUCGACUUUCUCACCACGCCCACCUCCAUCAACUCCUUUCCUACCCAGCAUCCCGUUGCAUACCACUCGUUUCUGCAGCGCAAGAACGACAAGUCGCCCAUCAUUCGAGCGUCCUGGACAACGGCAAUCGGCCGCAUACUGACAACAUCAGCUGGCGGCAUCGGACUCGACCCCGAAGAAGAGCGGAACCUGCUCAAGUCGUUUGCCGAGUGCCUGAUCGACAGCGACGAGAGAGUGCGACUGGCGGCCGUAAAGGCGGUCCAGCUCUUCACCUUUGACGAUGUCGUCCGCAAGCUCGGCAGCAACGGCAGCAUGUCGGACUCGGGCUCCAUCCUCUCCAACCUUGCAGAUCGAGUCAAGGACAAGAAAAGCGUCAUCCACGCGGAGACAACAAAGCUCAUCGGCCGCAUCUGGGGUGUAGCUUCAGGCGCGAUUGCCGAGGGCGACGACACUGUGAAGAACUUGCUCGGCUGUAUACCGUCAAGAAUCCUGGAAGCGUGCUAUGUGAACGAUGCCGAUAUCAACGUCCAGGUUGACACGGCGCUCUUUGAGUCUCUACUGCCGCUUGGAUAUCCUCCCAUGAAGCCCCGAGCUGCGAGCGGUGCCUCGCAAGUAGUCAAGGACAGCCAAACAAACGGCGAGCACAGCUACACCGAAGCCGAGCUCGACAAGCUCCGGACCGAGCGACAGCUUGUCCUGGUCAACGCGUUGAGCGAAAAGGCCAAGAAGGUCUACUUCGCCAAGCAGAGCAAUCAAGUACAGGGCGCUGGGUUCAUGGAGGGCUUCUUGCAGGUCUGCGAAAAGUACAACGGCGGCGUCGUCAACAAGGAAGACAAGGACGUCAAGACCAAGCUGAGUGGUUUGAUUGCCUACUACGCCAAAACAUUACCCGAGCCCACGCGAACCUCUGACGAGCUGUGGAAGUUUGCCAAAGCACACGACCGUCGUGCGUAUGCUCUGAUACGUUUCUGCAUGGAUCCAGCGAGCGACUACCGCAGGGUCUUCAAGUCUAUUAAAGAGCUGCGAAAGCGCAUCGAGGACGGCCCGGGUAGUAGUCUACUCGACGUCUUGAACCCUCUGCUCUACCGUGUCGCCCUGCUGUGCUACAACAAAAGUCACGUCGCAGCUGUCAUCGAGUAUACUCGCACCGACGACAAGGGCCUGGGCGCCACUGCCCACGAACUGCUGAAAGAGAUCUCCCUCAGGCACCCAAAGGUCUUUUCCACGCACGUCAAGGAUCUCUGCAGGACGCUCGAGAGCGAGGCGCCAACAGCAAAAACGCCGAACCCCCCUGGAGCGGUCGAAGACCUCAAGGCCUGCGCAGCCUUUGCGAAGAAGUUUCCUGGCGAUAUCCCGAUCAACGCCAAGGACGGGCGCAAGCUGGUGCAGAGCUUCCUCAACUUUGCGCAAUAUGGCACACCAGCACAGGCUGCGAAGCAUGCAAUCACGAUUAUCAUGCACAGCGACAACAAGAAAGAGCUUCACGCUAGGGAGAUACUGGACAAGAGCAUCAAAAGCUUCAAGUACAACGGCGACCACUGGCUGACGAAGCUCGCCGCGCUCAGUCAGCUGGUACUGCUUGCGCAGACGGAGUGCGAGGACAGCAUGGACUCCAUCAUUGAGAUUGCCAUUGAAAAGGUCCUCCACCAGCCGCACUUGGCAACUGACGAGGCUGAUGCUGAAUGGAUGGAGACGCCCGAUGACGAUAUCCUGGGCCGAACUUGGGCGUUGAAGAUUCUCAUCAACCGACUGCGCUCCCUUCCAUCCGAUGCUGACCUCGACGAGGCCGCGACAAGUACAUACGCCCUGCUCAACCGGCUGGUCAAGGACAACGGCGAAGCAUCAGAGUCAAACGACACACCGGCAGGGCACAAAUCUCGCCAGAGGCUCCUCGCCGCCAACGCGCUGCUCAAGCUGUCGACCAACAAGCGCCUUGACGCGCUGCUGAAGCCCGCUGAUUUUGUACAGCUGGCUCUCGUCACUCACGACCCCUGUUCUCAAGUACGCAGACGGUUCGCCGAGAAACUGAUGAAGUACCUCGGACAGAACCGCCUCCCCCCUCGCUUCUACACCAUCCUCUUCUUCUUCGCUCACGAGCCCGAGCGGGGCGUCAAAGAAAGUACACUCACCUGGAUACGUUCCCGGCGCGCCACCUUCGCCGCUCGCAAGGAAACCAUUCUCGAGACUGUCUUCGCCCGCCUCCUCAGUCUUCUCGCACACCACCCGGAUUUCGAGACCGACAACGACACCCUCAAACUCAUGUCCGAGUACAUCCUCUACUACCUCAAAUGCGUCGCCACAGAAGACAACCUCUCCCUCAUCUUCCACGUCGCGCAACGUGUCAAGGGCGUUGCCGACGGCAUCGCGUCGUCGAAGCAAGCCGAUGAAAAUCUCUACGUCCUCUCCGACCUCUCCCAAGCCCUCAUCCGCUCCUGGGAAGAGCAGAACAGCUGGACCAUGCAGUCCUGGCCGGGCAAGGUGCGCCUUCCCUCCGGCAUCUUCCGCGCGUUGGAGAGCCACGACCGUGCCCAGGAGAUUGCGAAGAAGACGUGGAUUGAUGAAGACCUGGUUGAAGAACUCGAUCCACUAGUCCGCAAGGCCAUCCGCAGCAAGAAGAGGAAGGCUACCGAUGUUGCCGAGGGCGCGCGGAAGAAGAAGCCCAAGGGCGACCGGCCGAAGAGAGAGAAGAAGGACAGGCCAAUCAAGACACCGAGGCAGAGACGGGCAGCAAGUGAUGAUGAGAGCGAUGAGGGGCAGAUUGCGCAAGAGAGCGAGCCGAAGAGAAAGAGUGGGCGGAAAAGUAACGUAAGCAAGAGCUAUAUCGAGGUCAGCAGUGACGAGGAGGACGCCGAUGCCGGCGCCGACGCCGUGGAGCAGGCUGAACAAGAGGACGAUUCGUCCGAGGAAGACGUAGAGAUGGCAGAGGCGGAAGAGGUUGAAGCAGAGGCUGAAGCGGAGGAAGAUGUAGACGCAGAAGCAGAAGCAGAGGCAGAAGCAGAAGCAGAAGCAGAAGCAGAAGCAGAAGCAGAAGCAGAAGCAGAAGCAGAAGCGUCCGAACCCUCUGAAGCGGAAGCGUCACCAGCGCCCUCACCACCAAGGAAAACCACACGAGGUCGAGCAGCAAAAGCAGCCAGUGCGGUCGACGCCUCACCAGCCGCGCAGAGACGCAAGACCGCCACUCCAGCCAAGACAACCCCAGCCAAGACAACCCCAGCUAAGGCAACUCCAGCCAAGGCAGCAACGCCAGCGAAAGCCAGCAAAGCAACGACACCAGCAAAGGCCAGCAAAACCGCCAAACCCGUCGCAAAGGGAAAAGCAAACGUCAACGGCACCGCAGCAGAAACAACAACAAAAACUACAACAGUAACGAUAGAGAAAUCGACGACGAAAUGGACGUCUGAUCCCCCUGCCGUUGCCGCCUCGACUCGACGAAGUGCCCGGACUAGAAGCUAA